UUUAAAUUCGUCUCGUAAUGAAUUGAAUAUACAUAUACUGCUUCAAGAAUCUAACUUUACUUGGAAAAGAUAGCACUUUUAUUGAAGCGAUUCUCUAUUUCAUCCAUUUGAGCUUCUGGGACUGUGAAAUAGUAACACAUAGGGUAGAGUUUUCUGUACAAUCAUUUACAAUGUCUAUUUUGACGAAGUUACGUUGCAUCACACUUGAUGUUACCGGUACACUGAUUGCUUACAAAGGAGAGCUGGGUGACUAUUAUUGCAUGGCAGCCAAAGCUGCUGGGAAGCAAUGUCCUGACUAUAAGCGGGUUCAUGAGGGUUUUAAACUAGCAUAUACAGAAAUGGCAAAGAAGCAUCCAUGUUUUGGAUAUGCUGAAAAGAUUCCUAACAUUGUGUGGUGGAAGACUUGUGUCAGGAAUUCCUUUGUUCAGGCCGGUUAUGAAUAUGAUGAUGAGACAUUUGAGAAGAUAUUUAGACGCAUAUAUGCUACUUUUGGUUCUUCUGCACCUUAUAGCCUAUUUCCUGAUGCUAUACCGUUCCUCAGAUGGCUCCGUGAGAGUGGCAUUACUGUUGGGCUGGUCAGCAAUGCUGAGUAUCGAUAUCAGGAUGUAAUUCUUCCUGCAUUAGGCUUGAAUCAGGGAUCUGAGUGGGAUUUCGGCGUAUUUUCUGGUCUUGAAGGUGUUGAAAAACCAGAUCCAAGGAUAUAUGAGAUUGCCUUGAAGAAAGCAGGAAAUGUAGCACCAGAAGAAGUACUUCACAUUGGAGAUAGCUUGAGGAAAGACUACGUACCUGCGAGAAGUGUUGGGAUGCAUGCUUUAUUGUUGGACAGGUUCAAGACCGCUGAUGCUGUCGAUUGGAGGAAAGCUGGUGCCACUGUGCUGCCUGACUUGAUCGCUACCAAAGACUGGCUUACCUCUGAGAAAUUGAAAUGCAGUGACCUGUGAAAAUCUGUUGGAUUAUUUUCUUGCCUAUAAUGGUAGGUAGAUUUGUAUUACAAGAAUGGAUAAAUGAGGUUAUGAGUUGUAUGAAUGUAAUGAGGAAAGAUUUGGUUCAAUAUGCCAGAUGCUGUGUUAUAUCA